AUGAGGGAGCGGUACGGCAGUGACACAGCCAAACCCACAGGAACAGAGAUCCGCAAGGACGCUCCUCACCCUCCUCACACUCCUCACACUCCUCACACCAUGAACGCUCUUCUGCUGACCUGCUUCCUCUUUCUGGCAUGUUGCUCCAUGGGGGUCACACAAACCACAGUGUCUGAGGGGAGGAGUAGUAUGACAUCAUCUGGGAAUGGAAUUCAGAUCUCCAGCGAUGAAGAUGUGGAGUUGGAACAUGAAGAAGAUUCCAGAGAGGAGUUACCACAGGUUCAGCGUGUUAGUAAACCUGAGGAGAAGGGGAAGAGCCGGAGAAAGGGAAAAGGAAAGAGAAGACACAAGAAUAAGGGAACACCCAGCGACAUGCCCAGCAACAUGCCCACCCACAUGACCCCCCACUUGAGGGGGGAGGAUCCCUGUGCUACAACACACCAGGACUACUGUAUCCAUGGGCAGUGCAAAUACAUGGAAGACCUGGGAGAGCCCACCUGUGUCUGUGUGAAGGGCUAUGAUGGGGAGCGCUGUGGCAUCCAGCUGCUGAAAACGGGGCAAAAGGAGCAGGACCCCGAGGUGACCCAGACCGUGCUGGUGGUUAUCGCCGUGGUGCUGUCCCUCAUCAGCUGCUGUGCUAUCCUGCUCAUGAUCUGUGCGCAUUAUAGAACCCACAGGAACUUUCUGGCAGCCUACCUAGGAACAAGCAGUGAGAAGGAAAAACUCCAGAAAAACAGCGGGGAUAUGGGGGUCUGAACAGAAGCAGGUUCCCGGAGUGCUCCAUUCCACCGAAGUUUAGCCCAAAAGUGAAUCUACAGAAUAAAGGUUUUUUUAGUACUGUAUUUUUAUAUUUAUUUAUUUGGUAUUAUUAUUUAUUGAAUAAUUCAUGUUUGUUUGUUAGACUUUGAGGAUGUAAACUGAACUCCAUUUUAACUAAUUGAAUUUAAGCUUUAUUUAAAAUAUUUAUUUAUUGCUACAUUGCUUGAUCAAAGAAGCCCUGUGAAGAUGCAUUCUAAAAUGCAAGUUUGUCUCUGUGGCAUUCAGUGGAUGUUUGAUCACUCUAAUAAAUCUUUCAGCUGUUAUA